AUGGGGUUUGGAUAUGAUUCGCUUUCAGUAUAUCCAGACACUCAAACUCCUUUUACAAAUAUGUACAAUCAAGGUUUAAUUCCUCAACAAAUCUUUUCGGUACAAUUACGUCCUGCACGUAACAAAACAAAUUAUGGUGGAAUAUUCGUCUUUGGCGGCAUCGACUCUAAUUUAUAUACAGGCUCUAUAACAUAUACUCCUGUAACUUAUAAAUACUUUUGGCAAAUUGGAAUUGAUGCUGUAGAAUAUAAUGGAAAAGCUGUUACGUCUUCUUUAAAAGGACGUAAACAACAGUGUAUAGUUGAUACUGCUACUGCAUUACUUAUUCUGGGAACAAAUGUAGCAAAAACAUUGCAUACAAGCAUGAAUGGAAAAUAUGAUUCUUCUUCACAAAGGUGGCAAGUUCCUUGUAAUUUAAAUAGCAGUACGAAAGUGUCGAUUAGGAUUAAUGGUGUUUCACUUCCAAUUAAUUAUCAAGAUCUUGUGAGAGAAAAAAUAAGUCCUGGAAAUUCUUGGUGUUAUUCUGGAAUAGCUUCUACUAAUAGCUCUGUGAGUAUUUAUUCUAAUAUUUCUGAACAUAUUUCUAUUAAAUUUCAAUUUCUCACACCAA